CAUGGGUGACUCGAGACGAAACGGAUCCCUCCUUUGAUUGGCCACAAAAGCGCUACGUGGACAUCGAGCAGCAACAGGUAGAGCGCGUGACCGUCACCGUUAUCAUUUCAUUCUGACUGCGACUGGCAGGAAGACAACUCAUUAUCGCUCUCCGCGACCCUCGCAUCGCGCACACAUCACCACGAGUUUGGUGGACAUUUAUUUCGAGGGCCUACACCAGGGUGUGGGUGAGUCAAGUAUGAAGUCCAAAGGAAAGGGGUCAAAACGUGGCAGACAGUCUUGGGCGGAGCAGGACGACCCAGACUUUAUGCUGGAAACAGAGCCAGGUUCCAGCGAGCAGGAGGGUUCAGAGGCAUCCGUGAGGCUGGGAGGGACAUGGAGAACAUUGAGGGGCGAGAGACACGGCGGUUCCCGCGUGGGCACACGUCGCAGACGGCAGCACGGCGGAACUAAGGAACGCAACGUCCGCAGGCUGGAGAGUAAUGAGAGAGAGAGGCAGAGGAUGCACAAACUCAACAACGCCUUUCAGGCCCUACGGGAGGCCAUUCCUCACGUCAAAACAGACAAGAAACUUUCCAAGAUCGAGACUCUCACGCUGGCAAAGAACUACAUCAAGGCCUUAACCACAAUAAUCCUGGGCAUGUCGAACGCCUGCCUGCCUCACGCCGAGAGUGACAUGGAGACUCAUGCCUCCCGGCUCCUGCAGUGCUAUCAGCAGCAUCUACAGGAGGAGGGAGAAGAGGAUCUGUCCAACUACCUGAGCCACAUUCACAGCUUCAACCAGGGCAGCUAACACACACUGCCACAGACUCAGUGAGCGCGGUGUAAAAACAUGCAUGAUGACGAAUACCAGCUCUGAAGACUAACAAAAGGGUCCAUCUGAAUAACCCUGAGUUUACAAGCUAAAGGUGGGGCCAUAAACAGGCUCAUUUAUGUACAGAUUAUAUUGCCCACAAACAAUGUGGUGGUUAUUUGCCAUCAUCAUUGUUAAAUUACUAGCCACUAACUCUUUGGAUUAUGAAAGGCCACAGUUUGCUGGUCAUUAAUGUAGUUCACCCAAAAACGUCACAAAAGAAGAUCCUUUGCUCAUAUGGUGAAAGUCAAUGGGGUCCAAAACGACACUGGACCCCUGAUUUUCAUAGUAUGAACAAAAAAUAAAUAAAAAAUCUUCAUUUGUGUUCCAUGAAACAGUCGUACAGAACUGGAACGACAUGAGGGUGAGUAAAAUUAUCAUUUUUGGGUGAACUAUCCAUUUAAAUGGGUAAGUACUUAAUAUUAAAAAUGCAAAGUUCUGGAGCAAAUUUCAUAUUUAUUGAGAGGACACAUACAAUGCACAUAUGACACUGAGACGAGUUUACUGUACUCAAAUAAUGACACUUUACCCUGUUAUUUGUCUACAUUUAAUCAUUUCAAACUAUAUUAUCAUUUUCUUUUUCUAGUGAUUUCUCUCAUGCCUGCAUAAAGUUCUAUAUAUACAGAAGCAACCAUAAAUAAUGCCCUAUAGGAUGUCACACAAUUAAUGCAGUUUCACAAUAGGACCAUAAAUUACCCAUAAAUAUUCCAUAUUUAUACAUCCACAUGUACAAUAUAACUUAGUAGAAGAAGAAUAAAACUAACUAUUCAUCCUAAUAAAACCAUUUGGAAAGAUUUGUUAUAAACACUGUUACUUUUUGAAAUUUGUGCUGCCUUUAAAUGGAAUUAAACCACAUAUAUCUCUACGCUUAAAUUAAAUAUGCCAACAUCCUGAGAAAUGUUUCACAACAUCGUCUGCACAUUUUCAAGUGCAAAAGUAAAUAUUGCACUCUUUCAUCAAUGCCAACAGUUAAAUAAGUGACUGAUCAUACACUACCAUUCCAAACGUAAAGGUCGGCAAGAUUUUUUUAUUUUUGUAUCUUAUGCUCACCACUGCUUUUAUUUGAUCAAAAAUAUAAACUUAUAUAUAAUUCUGUAAUACUCAGUCAGAACUCAUUAAAAUAUGUUUGUUUGUUGCUUAAGUAACACUUUCUUACUAGUUUUUUUUCUUUUUUCUUUGUAGACCGCAACUUUUUUUUUUUUUUUUUUUGUGCAGGAUUCUUAAUAGGAAGUUCAAGAGUACAGCAUUUAGUUUUGAAACUGAAAUCUUUCACAAUAUAAAAUCCUUUACUGUCAUUUUAGUCAAUUGUUUUAUAUCCUUGCUGAAUAAAAGUAUUAAUUUCUUUAAAAAAAAAAAAUCUUUCUGACCCCAGAUUUUGGAACUGUAGUGUAUUUGUACAGUAAGACUGUGCUGUCUCAUAAGAACAUAACCAAUAACCCAAUACAAGCAGAUGAUGAAAGUAUUAUGGACUCUUUUAUGCUUAAACUGAUGCUUAGCGGCACAACAGCCAAGCUGUAAGAUUCCCAGAAGCAGGUGUUUGUUUAAAAAUGUUGUUUGUGUGUGAUGUUCAAUAUAAAAUGCUUGUAGUGUACCUACAGUAGCUUACACUGUGACCUUUUGUAUUUCAUGCCCCUGAAUUCAAAUAAAAAAUAAAAAAAGCAA